AUGAUUUUCUUGAGGAAAUCGGUGACCUCUUUUUUUGCCGCAUUUGAUGCACUAUGUGAAGAAGGGAUAGCAACCUCAGUAUGUAGAGCUCUUGAUGAAGUAGCUGAUAUAUCGAUCCUAGGCUCCAAGGACCAUGUGAAGGUGCAGGGCGAGAUACUAGAGGGUCUUGUGGCGCGUAUCAUGAGCAGUGGGAGUGCAAGAGAUAUGGAAUAUGUCUUGAGAAAUCAUCCUCCACCACCCUGUGAUGGAGGUGCUUUACCUUAUCAAUGUUUAUUCUCCACGUUGGUGUCUGAUACGUUUAGGGUAUCAAACUUGUAA